UAUACAAUACCAAUAAAAUUUCAAGUCAGACGCCACUUGCGAUCCAAAAGAAAAAAAAAAGACAAAAAUGAAGACUUCCACACUGUUAACGAUUUUUCUUCUUGGGUGUAUAUACCAACAAGUACAUUCUAUUAAUUCAGGUGGUAAAUCCGCAAGAAUAGUUGGAGGAACUGACGCAUAUUCUGCUCAAUUUCCUUAUUCAGUCGCCGUUUACACACAAGGAAGCUCUGGCUCUUUCUUCUGCGGAGGCACCCUUAUUAGCAACGAAUGGAUAGUAACAGCAGGGCAUUGUGCCGACGGGGCUCUUCAGUUCACAAUUCGUUUGGGUUCCAAUACUCUUUCUGGUACUGAUCCAAAUCGAGUAACAGUAGCCACUACUCAAUAUUUUGUACAUCCUGAGUACAACCCAAUGACUCUUGAACACAACAUUGCCUUGAUCAAGCUUCGUAUGCCUGUAGAGCUAACAAGUUACAUACAACCUAUAGCACUACCAACUAAUGAUAUUCCUAUUUAUGCUCAUUUGACAGCAGUCGGAUGGGGUCAAAUCAAUGACGCCACACCAGAGCUUUCAGAUCAUCUCCAAUACGUAAGCUUAAUAACUAUCAGCAAUAUAGAAUGUGCCAAUGUCUACGGUUACCAAGUCAGCGAUGAUAUGGUUUGUGCUGCUGGUAACUACAACGAAGGAACGUGUCUUGGAGAUACUGGAAGUCCUCUGAUUGAACAUAUUUACAAUCCACAAAGUGUUCGGUUCGCCGGAGUUGCAAGCUUUAUAAGUGGUGAUGGUUGCGAUGAACCUCAUCCUUCUGGAUACACAAGAGUGUAUUUGUACUUAGAUUGGAUCGCUAAUAUUACUAGUGGUGUAUUUUGAACUUGAAAUCCAAGUCAAAUACAAAUAAAAACAUUUUUGUCCA